AUGGUUCUUAUUGGAAUUAUCCGUUACUUCGUCUCUAAGCUCAAGCGAUAUUCUCCGACACCAAAGAAAGUUCACCGGUCAGAAGAUGCCAUUAUAGAUUUUGUGGGCAAAGCAUGUAAUAGGCUUGUAGCCACGACUCGAGAAGAGUGUACCUUGCCACAUUUGAUUGGGGCUGCCCCGGUCUGUUAUUGUGUACCAACUGGCAUUGAUGCUCUUCGUCCAUCUUUCUUCUUCUUGUUAGUUUGGUUAGAGCAUCGUAUUUCUUAA